UUCCUUCUACUCUUUACAACUAAAACAAAAUGGAGUCAAAGUUUGCUCACAUCAUUGUUUUCUUUCUUCUUGCAACUUCCUUUGAAACUCUCAUGGCACGAAAAGAAAUUGAUGGGCCAGAAGUCAUAGAACUUCUAAAGGAAUUUGACUCUAACUUGAUGUGCGAAGGAAAACAAAUGUGGCCAGAACUUAUUGGUGUACCAACAAAGCUUGCUAAGGAAAUAAUUGAGAAGGAAAAUCCAUCCAUAACUAAUAUUCCAAUAUUAUUGAGUGGUUCUCCAAUUACAUUAGAUUAUCUAUGUGAUCGAGUUCGUCUUUUUGAUAACAUCUUGGGCUUUGUUGUACAAAUGCCUGUGGUGACUUAAUUAAUGGACCUUAUUAUUGAAGUAAUUAAGCAGCCACAAUAUGUCAAAAAAUAAUAAUUAGGGUUCAUGUAUGUUCAUUAUAAUGCAUCUCUUCAUGUACUCUUACUAUAUAUAAUGGAAAAAAUAAGUGUGGCUUAAUUACAUGUACUCCUCUCCUUAAUUAAUUCCUUUUUACA